CCUUAAUCUAACACUGUCCGAUCAUCGACAUGGAGCAAGAGCUGUACUACCUAAUUGCUCAGUUCCUUGCAGCAAGUCCUUGUAAAAAGGCAGCUCAAGCUUUGAAGGAAGAACUCGAUGAAAAUCGAAGCUUGUUACCUCAUACUGUCAACUACGACGGGAAUCCAGUCCCUUUAACAUUAGAGCGACUUUCCUGUGAUUACCCUCACAUCUCUAACAACUAUUUACUAUCACUGCUGAAAAACUUUCUGCAUCAUUUUAAAGAAACUGGUGAUCCUUCUAUAUUAAGAGUGAGCGCUUUACGACAUGGUGAUAGUUCCCUUUUGACAAUGCUUUCAGCAUUUAUACCAACAAAAGAUUUGGAAACCUCCAACUAUCUGAUUAUGUCAGCAAAACAGCUCAAUAAAUUGCCAAUACACCGUUUAUUAAUUGCACGAGAUAUGGGUGCAAAGGUAUUCAAGAAAAAUGAGAUGCCAACUUCCUUGUCAAAAUUCUACAGAGAACGUGUUACUAUAUCAGGCCACCGCAAUCCAGUGUAUUCAGUGGCAUUCGAUCAUACCAAUCGGCGAUUAUUUACCGGUAGUGAUGAUUUCUUAGUAAAAGUCUGGUGUGUUAGGACGGGACAACUUAUCCACACCAUGCGCGGUCACCAAAAUGUCAUAACAGACAUUGCUAUUAAUCAAGAAAAUACACUUAUUGCCACUGCCUCUAGUGAUGGUUGCGUGAGAGUCUGGACUAUGGAAGAAUACAAACCUAUUAUAUGUUUGAGACCGAAUACCACUGCUAUUAAGCCGUUCACCACUGUGAAAUUUUCGCCCUCACCCAGAGCAGACACACGAUAUUUGAUGGCAACCAAUGAAGAUGGUUUUGUUCGAUUGUGGCGUUGGAAUCGUGAUACAUUGCAAUUUUACGACAUUGCGAACCCUAUCACAUUUAGUUGUCGAUUCAGAGCUAAAGAUAGGUUAAGAUGCUCAUCUUUCAAUUAUACUGGUACAAAAUUCACAGUAGCAGGAGAUGAUGGUUUUGUCUAUGUCUUUUCUACAAUCCCUAUACAAACUACGCAUGAAGGUUCAACGACAACCAGUAGCAGUGGAAAUAAUAGCCAUACAGCCGGGGAUUAUGGCAGUAGUCAAGAGAGACCAGGUCGAGGAAGGCGACGAUUUGCUAAUGCUCUCUUUCCUGAUAAGCAUACAAAUUGGCAAUCUCAAGCGAUAAUACCCAUUGGUACUUUAGAGGGGCAUAUGGGGAGUGUAACAGAUUUAGCAUACAGUCAUGAUGGUCAACGUAUUUUAAGCGGUUGUCAAGAUGGAACUGCGCGUAUUUGGACGUUUGACACCAAAAAGAAGAAGUGGCAUUCCAUAGUUUUGGAUUUGACCAUGCCUAUAGCUGAUGCAACACCUAUUGUAAAGCCUUCACUGGAAAAUCUAGAAAGAACUAGCAAUUCAACCACUGCAUCCUCUGAUGUUGUAGAGCAAAAUUCAGUUGAAAGUGAGGAAUUUGGAACAUUAAUACCGCCUAUGGAAGACGAGAAUGCAACAAUGCAAAUGGAUAUUGAUACAGAGGCAGUGCCAAUAGAAAGAACCGGCACACCGCAACUGCAGCAACAGCAAUCACUACAACCAGCAGGAUCUACCAACGUUGAUCCACCCAAAGUGUCCAUGAUUGCUUGGAGCGCCAAUGACCGUUGGUGUCUUGUUGCGUCCACUCAAGGCGAAAUACGCGUCUAUGAUGCCUCCAGUGGAGCUCUUGCAUGUGUUUUAAAUGGUCAUGCUGGUGAAAUUUAUGCUCUUGACACACAUCCUCAAGAUUCUAGUACUGUAUUAUCAGCCGGCUAUGAUGGCAAUGUUAUUUUGUGGGAUAUUUCACAUAAAUUGAUUAUCCAUCGUACCCAACAUUUUGGUCGAACAUUUACCGAUUGUAAAUUUUCCAAAGAUGGUAUGAAGUAUGCCAUUACCGAUGAAGAGGGCCAUUGCACACUCUUUGGCAUAGGAGGAUUGGAGAAAGAUUAUGAGUUAGUCAGAGGAUGGGAACGCGGCCAAUAUUUCAUCUCCGAUUAUCAAGCGUUGAGGUAUUAUCCGGAUGGCUCUUUUAUUGACGAGGCGACACAACAACCACCCUAUCUAUUGCCGCCCUCACCAAUUAUUGACUUGCAAGGGGUAGCUUAUCCAAAUCAGAAAAAAUUAGGUUACGGUCGCAAUAUUCCAGUGACUUCAGAGACAUUUGAUAUCGAAGAUAUGAAACGAGCAGCAUGUUAUAUUCAUGAAGAAGAGGAAAUGCGUAAGGUAAAGCUCAUCGUUUUACCUGCUUUAGAUCGUGCUACAGUCGCCAAAAAAAGACGUGAAUUUGUCCGAUUUGAAGACGACGAAGAAGAUAAUAUGAACGCUGCUGCUAUUGCUCAAUUACAGUUCCAACCUCCGCUAUUCUCUACCUUAUUACCUGAUGAUUCAGCGGAUGAAGACUAUCAGGAUGACGAUGAUAAUGGCAAUGAUGCUAAUGGCAGUGGUGACAGUGAAGAGGAAGUAGAGGAGGCCGAUGACUUCAUCACACACGAUGACAUCGUUGCCGUUGGUAGUAGCGAUGAGGCUAACGAAGAAGAAGGCAUUAUGACACGUAGUAGGGCUGUGCAUAUAACUAGAAAUAGCGGAUCAGCAACGACUCGUUACACACGUCGUACAACGUCUGUGAGAGGAUCAGGCAGACGCGGAGGCAGAGGAGGUAGAGGGAAUAGACUUGGUCGUUCUAGGGGAGGAACAAACACCACUCGUAGUUCUCGUAAGCGAACGAGGGACGACAAUGACGAUGAUAUUGAUGACGAGCCUAUACGUGCUAGACCGCGACGAACGGCCGCAGCAAAACCUUCUUACGUUGAAAGUAAUACCGAAUCCGAAUCUGAAGAUAGAAGUAGUAGUGAAGAUACAGAGGGCGAAGAAUUUGUAGAUGUAGAAAAUGAAUCGCCAGAACAAGCAGAUUAUCUUCGCAAUAAUGAAGCAGGACCGGGCCCUUCCACCUUCAGCCAUAUGAUGACCCGUCAACAAGAACAACAACAUCAAUCUUAUACAAAUAUUGUUGAUGAGCAGCCACAACAAGAGGAUCGUAAAGGAAAAAGAAAAUUGCGUUCAGCUGCUUCAUUCGAAGACGAAAUGGAUACCCAAUCAUUUCAAUCGGUGAAUGGAGUUUCUUAUAGUCAAUCAUCAACAACACCCUCGAAUACAGCACUAACAGGACGAGCGACGAGAAGUCGUACACAACAACAGUCUGAAUCUCUUAAAAUCACCAUACCAAAACCUACCAUUACAACAGUAUCUCAUGGUACUGCAUCUGCGAAAUCUAAACGUCUUCAAAAACAACGAGAUGGACCCCGUGAGCUAACUGAAGACGAAAUAAAGGAGCAUGAGCCUAUUCCUUGGAUCACCUGUACUGAAUGCCGCCUAUCUAAGUACCUUCCACAAGUAGGAGAUAUUGUCGUCAUUCUUACCGAGGGUCACAAACAAUACUUGAAAAAGUCUCGAAUGAAGCAUAUAUUUGACGAAAAGCAUGGCAUUAUCGAUAAGCACGAGCCUGUCUUGUUUGGUAGUAUUUCUCAUAUUUCUUGGCAUGUGGGGCCUCCAGCAUACUGUAAAUUGAAAAUAUCCAUGUUAACAUUGAAGAACGUGCAACAAGUUCUCAUGCAGCAAGAGGACCCUUUAUGGACUCCCGAUAAAGUGCACGGUGACCAAACCGUCGUAUACACUGACGAAGAUGGCAGCCCAGAAUUCAUUGUGCUUUGGGAACGCUUUCUUGCUUCUAUGAAUAUUUUCAUGACUUUGCGAGUAGGCCAGAAAGUCGAUGCCAUUUACGAUGAAGGACAUUAUUAUACUGGUACUGUUUCCAACUACAAUCAAAAUGGAUUACAGUGGCAGAAAGCCAACCUCAGUAGCCCUUGGGCUUAUUAUCAUAUCAUUUGGGAUGAUAACAGUUCCAAACCGGAAGAUUUAUGCCCGUGGGAAAUCGUUCCUUCAGGGGAAGACUUUGCCACUCGCUACGGUGCGGUGGAACCAAGGUUGACACCUGAGCAAACACAAAGAGCUAUCGAUGUAUUACAAUGGUUAAUGAGCGAGCCAGAUUUCCAACUGUAUGUGCAUCAAGUGAACUUCUACGAUUAUCCACUUUAUUUGUCUGUGAUAGCUUAUCCUAUCUGUUUGGACAUGGUUUUGGAAAGGGUUAAUAAUGGCUUCUACAGGACAGUUGAUGGCUUAAUAGAUGAUGUGGAAUUGAUAAAAAAGAACGCUAUGCGAUAUAAUGCAGAGUCAUCAUUUGCUUAUAAAAAUUCAAUCCGACUUGCCAAUUUUUUCAAGACACGUAUGCAAAGGGUCAAUAUGCCAUUGUCCGCUGUCAAGGGAGGCCAUAGUCGUAAAAGAACUAUCGUUGAAGAAUCCGAUGAGGAAUAUGACGCUGCACAAGCACCAAAAUCGGAAACAGAAGAGGAGGUUGAAGACGAAGAUCGCGUGGUAGUUAAAAGAACCGCAUCCUCUUUCAAAAAGAAGAAAAAGAGAGGUCGUUACAUCAGCGAUAGUGAUGACGAGGAUGAAUUUGUAGUUGAAGAUGAUGAAGAAGAGGAAUAUUACGAGUAAUAGGUCCCAAUAACAAAUAAUUUGUAAAUAGUAAAACUUCAAUUUUGAAUACUCUGUAUCGAUUUGACAUAUAACCGCAAGCAAUGUUAGCAGUUUAUUUUCUUAUAGACAUCUGA